AUCAGAACGUGUUGAAAAAGUUGAAUUUGGUUAUUUACAGAGACGGCGGCGGCGGCCUGGCAAGGCGGCCAGUCUACAAUACCCGGCCUUCGCAGAACAUGGAUGUGUAACUAAGUCCCACAAUGAGGUGUCUGUGAUCUAAGCAAACAAGGCGGUCGCCUACGAAAUCAGAAUGGCGUCAGAGCGCGCCAUCCCGCACCUGCGGGACAUCUUCGGUCUCAACCAGCAAUAUGAUACCAAAAGUUUCGAAGACGACGACAAAGGCAAGAAGUCCAAGAAAAAGAAGGACGACUUCCGCACCUACACAAAUGGUGACGUCAAAACCUUAGAACGGCACCUCAGCAUGAAGAAGACUAUACGGAAGAAGAUCAUGCGGGAUCUACAGCAGGCGUUCGUUGAAGACCCUAACGAGUUUAAGGUCGAGAAUACGAGCCCUGAGAAAUUAAAGGCGGAAUUAAGCGCCGAGGCUGUGAAAAUUGAGAAGAAUGUACGGAAGAAUGAUCCUACGUUCUUGGAUAUGCUACGAGGAGAGACGAGGGGUGAGGAGGCCCGGGAGGAGCAGCCGCCGGCGGAGAAGACGAGCUUCUGGCGGCGGCUCACCAUGAAAAAUAAGAACAAGAGAUAAAGCACACAUUGCCGAUACUCCAUUCUCAUCAAAGUUACUGGCCAUCAAGAAAAUUG